UUAUAUCCGAUUGUUCGUGAACGGUGAGCUAAUUUCAUCACAUAUAUUAAAUAGUUUAAGUUUUGUAUUCUGAAUAAUUUGUCCUUGAAAGAUUGAUGAUAAUUUUUAGUUUUUGUUAUGUAAGAGAUUUACAAAGCUCAAUUAAUUUCACUUAUCGUAUUUGUUACAAAUUAAAUUAAUUCCAAUCUUAUGUAUUGUCAUGUAUAUCCCCAACUGAUGAGUCCCAAGCGAAGAUGAGAGAAGUGUUUAGUACUGUUUGAUAGUUUGAACUGUUUGUUCUACAUCUCAUGUUAGUCAGUGAUGAGAAUUAUCUUCCAGAUUCUAUUUUGUUAAAUAAUAAUAAUGGAAAAAGCUUUUCUGCAUCAUUUCAAUUCUUGUUUGCCUAACACUUAUCCACUUGGUAUGGCGUGUUGUCAUUUUGUUAUUUAGGAAAUCAGUUGAGUGUUUAAUUAGGAUCGAAGACAUGAUUUUCUAUACAGAUUGGUGUUGGCAUAAUUGUAACAUAUGAUAUCAGACAUUCAACUAGUUCAUCGGCAAUGACUUCAUGGGUUGAUGUACUCAGUGUGUGGUCAGAGAUUAUGUAGUGUCGGGUGCUAUGUCAAGCCGACAUAGCUUGUUCUAACUUCCAGACAGGCCAAUUUAUUCGCCCUUCUUGAGCCACAUUUUGAGCUUAUUAAUACUAACUGUUUUUAUAUGGAUGUUUAGUGGCGUGUAUUGCUUAUCCUAUUCAUCACAUAUCUGUAACUUGUUUUUGGUCUAUGAAUAUUUUUGACUAUAAAUAUCGAUUGACGCUUGAUUAAAUCAAGUUGGCUUACAUGCCUUCUCUAUCGCACGUCAUUUCGCUUUGCUCUCUUCACUUCGCUUUCUUCUCGUCUUUUCUGCAAACGAUUAUCUGUUCAGGUCAACGAUUGUAUGAAAUAUACUCAUUCAAACUCCAUUCUCGUAUUUGAUUUAUUUAAUCCCGUUAUUCACUAACGGGAGUUACGUUGAUAAGGAUUGGCGGAGUGUAUAUUUUGACAGCAAUCAUUCGAUAACAAUCAGAAACGAUCAAAUUGGAGUCUGAUUAAGGGCCACUAUAAUGGAAUGCAGGAUAUCCGUUUCAUUCAAUUCGGUAUUCGUCAGCUGGAUGUACUAUUAUCCUAUUGUUGUUAUUCAUUCUGUGACUUACACCCAGUACGUUUCAAUACAAAUACUAAUACUUUAUCCAUUGAGCUACACAGUCCAGAUAGACACCAUGGUGGUUCAAAUGUCAAAGAAAUUAAUUUUCAACCAAUGAGUUGCACGUUUGAAUCCUUCUAUGACUUUCAAUUCUUACAUACUAAUAGUAUUUAUCAGUUUUCAGUGGUUGUUUUACUAAUCUUUUAUGUAAACUACAAAAUUAAAUAACAUUCACAAAACUCUGUACUAGUGACUUUUUUUUACAUAAUUUAUGGCCGUAUAAGCUAGUGUAAUUUUAGAGAAAAGUGCUAUUUUAUAAAAAUAACCCUUAUUCAGUAUUCACAUACUUUAAACAUUCCAUCUGCUUACCUAAAGGUUUAUUAUUAUAGUUACUUAGUUGAUAAACACCUUCAU